AUGACCCUCGGUAAGAACAAGCGCAUCAGCAAGGGCGGCAAGCGCGGCAAGAAGAAGAUUCAGGAGGCCAUGAGCCGCAAGGAAUGGUAUGAUGUGGUGGCCCCCAAGAACUUCGAAGUGCGCCAAUUCUGCAAGACCAUCUGUAACAAGACCCAGGGAAUCAAGAUCGCGGCAGACAACCUUCGCGGACGUGUGUAUGAGAGCAACUUGGCUGAUCUCAACAAGACCCAGUCUGAGGAUGAUGCCUACCGCAAGAUGAAGUUUAUGGUGCAGGAGGUGCAGGGCCGCAACCUGCUCACGCAGUUCCACAGCAUGGACAUGACGUCUGACCGCAUCUUCAACCUCCUCCGCAAGUGGUGCACAACCAUUGAGACCACAGUGGAGGCCAAGACCGCCGACGGUUACACGAUGCGCCUCUUCGUGAUUGCCUUCACACGCAAGCAGAGCAACCAGCUCUCGAAGAACUGCUACGCCAAGACACGUCUGGUGAAGUGGGUGCGCCUGCGCAUGACCAACCUCAUCCGCCAGCGUCUGGCCAAGGCAACCAUCAACGAGGCGACCACACUGUUGGCCCGCAACAUCCUCCGCGACCGUCUUGCCAAGCGCUGCAACCCCAUCGUGCCUCUGCGUGAUCUGCGCAUCCGCAAGGUGAAGGUGGUGCGCACACCCAAGUUCGAUGCACAGGCACUGCUCGGCGCCCACGGUGAAAUUCCCACCUCUGGUGAGGGUGAAACCAUCGCCGUGGAGGUGGCUCAGGAAGCCGCCGUUGAGGCCACUGCUUGA